AUGAUAAGUAUAAUGUCAAGAAAAUUAAGCAGGAGAGUGACUUUCAGUCCUGAUAUCAAUGAGAUCAAGCCAACAGUCAUACACAAACAUGGUGGUGGUAUCAAAGUUGGUGGAAACAAGAAGAGGGUCAUUUCAAUUUGGAGUUAUAGAGUUCCCAAAAGCUAUGGAUUCUCACCAGUGAAUCUUCUAAAGAGCGUUGGAGCGAAGGUGGCGAGAGCUCUGCGUUCUAUGUCCACUAGAAGAAGAUCAUCGCGUAGAGUUUCUUCGUCUAGUUUGGUAAGGUCACGGUCAUAUGCAGAACCACUUGAUUCUCAUCGAGCUGAAGCUAUGGAAGAUUGCAUCGAGUUCUUGAAUUCCUCUUCCUCUUUGAAGAGAUCAAGCUCUUUUUCUACAAGUUCUUGCUAGAAGAGUUCUUGCAUGGUUCAUAUGGAAAGAUAAAAACGGAAGAGAGAGAAAUGUUGUGAUUUAUAAUUUACAAAGUGACUUUUUUUUUUUUUUAUGUAGGAAAUUAAAUACAUAGAAAAAGAAUUGCAUAGUGAGUAGAAGUGAACACAUCUGUUAUUGAUCAAUCAUUAUAUUAGAGUAUAGUUUUGCUUUCAACAUUCCAAAGAGGAUUGGUUUUCUUCUUGAGACUUGUGUUUCUCUGGUGUUUCUUCACUGUAUAGACUAAAAGACUUCUCUGUGGUAUUUUGGAAGGUAGAGAAGAAGAAGAAGAAGA